AUGUCAGUCCAGCAAGCUGCUGACGAAUUGGCCAAUGUGUCACUCAUCAAUAUCGGACUCCUCAGGUGUUCCCCCAUUCAGCCUAAAAUCGCUGUGUCCCUUCAAUGCCUUGAGUUAUAUCAUCAAAUCCACCGACACAAACCUUCCUUCAGUGUGCAGGCAAUGGUCAAAGUACUCUGUGCCCUUCACAAUUGCUCAUAUUUCCAAGCAUUGCGGGAUCAAUUUGCCAUCACUUUCGAUGUCUAUCUUGAUAUCUUAUGGUGCGUUCAAGAAUUAGCUAACACUGCAUUGAAGUGUGAUACUCCUCAUUGGCGCAUGCUUCACUUGUGCCCUGCAUGUAACCACAAGCAAGAGAAUGAGCCGACCUUGAUACCUGCGAGGAUGGACAGCAUGGAUGGCAACAGCUCAUUGAAAUGGGUCGACAGCUCCGGACAUGCUGAUGAGCGCAUCUUCAAAACAUCAUAUUUGAUACUUCCUGACGAAGUUGACAUAUUUAAGGAUGAUGUUAACACAUCAGGAGGGGCUAGUCCUGCUGAUAUCUCAGAGACGGCAUGCACUGACAAUUGGAAGACCGCAAACACAAUUUCUGACAACACUGUCAAAGUAUUUGAGCAAACAGGUAUUUUCAUUAGUGCCUGUCGACACAGCAUGGUCCAGACCUUGGUUGAGAUUGCUAAAUAUGCUCUUGCAACAACAAAUAAAGUUCUUGAUGUUUAUGGUUCGAACGGAGUAACAGGAUAUGACAUCGGAUGUUCCUAUCAGAAGACCAUUGAUGCCAGCUCUAUCUCUGUCAAGGCACACUCCAACCAUCAUCGCUUCAUCAUCAACUCAUUUCAUGGACAUGCCCACAACUGCCAUUGUCAACUUUGGUUCCAUCCUUUAUAUCAACAUGGCCUUGGCCUCGAGGACCUUGAAAUGUGCGAGCGCGUAUUCUCUGCGUCAAAUGCCGUAGCUCCUGUCAUCCACCACGCAUCUUACUUUCACUGGCUUCAAUUUAUCGACCUC